UAUCGAUCAUGGAUUUCAUCCUCAAACACUCGGAAAAAGCCAACUCAUCACCACCCUCUUCAUCAUCAUCAUCAUUGUCGAAGAGCAGAAGGAAGAGUCAGCAGCAGCAAGAAUCGGCAUCGGCGGCGGCAGGUGGAUGCAGGUUUCUGGGGGUGAGAAGGCGGCCUUGGGGCAGAUACGCGGCGGAGAUAAGGGAUCCGACGACGAAAGAGAGGCAUUGGCUGGGGACAUUCGACACGGCGGAGGAGGCGGCGCUGGCCUACGAUAGGGCGGCGCGGUCCAUGAGGGGCAGCCGCGCCCGCACCAACUUCCUGUACUCCGACAUGCCUCCCUCGUCCUCCCUCACUUCCAUCCUCUCUCCCGACGAUCCUUCCCAUCACCAUCUUUCUUCCUUCCCCAUCAGCCUUCACAACACCAAUAAUAUUCCUGGUUCUACUAAUUACACCGCCAAUCAGAUCUUCUUCGGUGCUACUGCUGCAACUGGUACUGCUAUUGGUACUGGCACUGAUGAUCAGCGGGACCACCGGCGUCCUGCCGCCGGCGUCUAUCAGUUCUCAAGUGGCCGUUUCUUUCCAGUUCCUGGAGAUGAGUGGAUUCAGCAGCAAAUUGAUGAUGAUGAUGAUGAUGAUGAUGAUGAUCGUCGUUAUGACAGCCAACAGCAGCAGCAGCAGAUUAGUUUUGCGGAUGAUGGUAAUCUUCAGGGCGUGCGUGAAGUAGAGCAGAACUUCAGUUUAGAUGAGGAGGUAGAACUCCCACCAUUGCCACCUGAUAUGUCGUCGAGCAGCUGUUUAUCAUAUGCCGGCUGCUGGAACGAGAUGAAUACUUUCGGUCAUGGUCAUGGUCAUGGUCAGGACUACCCGCCGUUAAUGAGCGAUCAUGAUCAGCUCAUGCAGCAACAGCAGCAAAGCUCAAUGUGGACGCAAUUUCAGUCGUCGUCGCAUAAUUUUGAUGGGGUUUCAUCAUCAUCAUCAUCAUCCUCCCUUCAGCCGCCGGAUGGUUUUCAUCACUUGGGGGGAUAUUUUUCAUCCUCAUCAUCCGCUUCAUCAUCCACUUACUUCUUCUAAACCCGGCCGUUAUAUAUUCCUUUCUUCUGCCACAUAUAUAUAUAUAUAUAUAUAUGCUCUACUUCUUCCGUUUGGUUUGGGCUUGUCUUCCUUUCUCUGUUGUUAUGAUCUUUUCUUGAGGAAAGGGUGGGGCUGGUGUCAAUGAGCUUCAUCAGGCUCCCUCAGUUCCCUAUAUAUAUAUAUAUAUAUGCAUCUGCUUCAUUGAGGGUCAGCAUGAUGAUAGAACAAGUUGUUGCUUGUUGGGUAAAAAGCAUUAUCCAGCUAGCUAGCUAGCUAGCUAGCUAGGGCUUCAAUGUUCAGCUGUGCUGC